GCCCCCGCCCUUUCCGCGGGCGCCAUAGAGACGGGGCGGGCGGAGCGGCCUCCCCUCGCCGCCGCUCUGUAGGCGGGCGCAGCCGCGACUCGUUGGUGCGGGCGGGAAGGCGCUGCCGCGGCAUGGCGGGCGAGGGCGACUCUGAGCCGGGGAAGUCCUUUAAACUCCUGGGAUUUCUCGAUGUUAAAAAUGUCCCAUGUUCACGAGAGUCAGUGCUCUAUGGCUCCCUGGGGUCUUUAGUUAUGGGUCUUGGACAUUUUUUAGCAACUAGUAGAGUUAGAAGAUCUUGUGACGUUGCAGUUGGUGGCUUUAUUUGCACAAUGUUAGGAUACUGGUUUUACUGCAGGUACAACUUGGCCCAGCAAAGGAUCCGGCAAAGAAUGCUUAAAGAGGGGAUGAAAAACAGAGUUUUAUUUGAAGGCAGUUAUCUUGAUCCAGAAAGGGAACAAACUGGCAGUGAAAGAAGUGAUUCAUAGGUUGCUCUGGAGGAGUUGUGGUUUAAUACAUCUUUGGGAAAAGGUGGUCCAAAAACAAAGUCAGUCUACGCUGCAAGCCUGUGAGGCGUCUGAAACUGGUAAAUCAUGGUUUUCCUAGCAAAUCUGAGCAGGAAAUUCAUAGUGAAUCUGUUAAGUCUGUACAAGCCUUGCUUUGUUUCAUGUGACUGCACACAUUUGGAAUGACGUCCUGUUAAACAUCUGGGAGCUGAUGUGUUCUCUUGCAGGGUCUCAGACGAUUAAUGACAGUGAUUUGGGACUGCUUUAACAUCCAUUAUAAACAGAGCGUGGUUUGUUUUAGCAAAGUUGUAAUUUCAUCUCAUUUUAAUACGGGAAAAUAUUUCCAUCACCUGUUGAAUAAAUGUGUCCUUCAGUGCUAUUAUUAACCUUGCUGUUUGUAAAACAGGGAUAUUUAAACAGUGGGAGAAGGCUUUGCUUGUACAAGAUGGGUGAUAUCAGCAGCUUUUGUAAGAUUUUGGUUGCAGCAUAACCAGAUAACUUAGACACACUGUGAAGCUGAAGGAUUUCCAUCUUUGUUCUGUCUGUUUGAAACUAUGAAUAAAAUCACACUUCAGAGCAGUCUAAA